AUGGAUUCUGUGGCCCUCCAGCUGUGGGCUGUCCUCUCCCUCUGGGUUCACCUUGCCGCUGGCAGUCCCAUCCUCAGCUUGGAGCACUCUUCCCUGGAGGAGGACGUGCCCCUCUUCGAUGAGAUCCUCUCCGAGCAGGACGGUGUCGACUUCAACACCCUGCUCCAGAACAUGAAAAACGACUUCUUGAAGACCUUGAACCUCUCUGACAUCCCCCUGCACGAAUCGGCCAGGGUGGACCCUCCAGAGUACAUGCUGGAGCUCUACAACAGGUUUGCCACCGACAGGACUUCCAUGCCCUCCGCAAACAUCAUCAGGAGCUUCAAGAACGAAGACUUGGCUUCCCACCCUGUUGGUGUCACAGGAAUUCGGAGAUACCCUCUUCUCUUCAAUGUUUCCAUCCCUCACCACGAAGAAAUCAUCAUGGCCGAGCUAAGGCUCUACACCUUGGUGGAGCAGGACCAGAUGCUCUACCACGGGCUGGACCGGAAGGUCACCAUCUUUGAAGUGCUGGAAACCGAGCCUGUGGGGGUAGGGGAAGAGAGGAAAAUAAUGCCCCUGGCAUCCAGGCACAUCUACGGCACGAGCAGCGAGUGGGAGACCUUCGAGGUGACCGAAGCCAUCCGGCGCUGGCGGAGGGCAGGGCUGACCACGCACCGGCUGGAAGUGCACAUCGAGAGCAGGGAAGGGGAGGAGCAGCCCGGGGAGGGGAAGCUGGAUAUCGACAUCAACUCGGAGGCCAAGCACGUGCCCCUGCUGAUCGUGUUCUCCGACGACCAGAGCAACGACAGGAAGGAGGAGAAGCAGGAGCUGAACGAAAUGAUAGACCACGAGCAGCUGCUGGACUUGGAGAACCUGGAGGUUGGGAACUUCCACGGGCAGCCGGGGGAGGAGGCGCUGCUGCAGAUGCGCUCCAACAUCAUCUACGACUCCACCGCCCGCAUCCGCAGGAACGCCAAAGGCAACUACUGCAAGAAGACUCCGCUCUACAUCGACUUCAAGGAGAUCGGCUGGGACUCCUGGAUCAUCGCCCCGGCGGGCUACGAAGCCUACGAGUGCCACGGGGUGUGCGCCUACCCCCUCACCGAGCACGUCACGCCCACCAAGCACGCCAUCGUCCAGACUUUGGUUCACCUGAAGAACCCCCAGAAAGCCUCCAAGGCCUGCUGCGUGCCCACCAAGCUCGACCCCAUCUCCAUCCUCUACUUAGACGCGGGGGUGGUCACCUACAAGUUCAAGUACGAGGGCAUGGUGGUGUCAGAGUGCGGCUGCAGAUAG